AAAGCUGAAAUAAAAAUAUUCAUAAUAGGAAAAGGCAUUAUUGUUGAGUGGCACAAUGAAAUUCAUUCUACUAACUUGUCUGUUGUCAUCUUUAAUCUUCGCUUUGACGAACGCUGAGUGCGGUCCAAAUGAAGUAUAUCUAUUGUGCCAACCAUGCGCUGCAAUCAGUUGUGGCGAUGUAGCUCCUGAAGCCUGCAUCGCAUUGUGCCGGAAUCCUGGUUGCUACUGUGACACUGGGUAUCUAAGGAAAGAUGGCGUUUGUGUUCCUGAGGAUGGGUGCUAAGCAAUUUAAAAAACCUAUAAUUUUGCAGUUUCAGUAAAUGCAUUUUUAAACAAAUUA